AAUUCGUCUUGUCACACUUUUUGACUGACGUUUUGCAAUAGCGAGAAAAGAUGGCCGCCGUCGUUGUGUCAUCCGCAAUUAUUUUGGUUUAAAAAUCGCAUGGAAAUAGUGGAAAUCUCAUGAAAAUUGUACCAAAAAGUGUAAGUAGAGCUGCUGUGGGGUAUCUGCUGUUAAAAUCAGAUUAAUCCUGAGAACAGUUGUCAUCUAUCGCGUUGUGAUCAUUUUCAAAAAGAGGAGACACUGACAAGGACAAUCCUACUAAGAGACAAAAAAACAAAUUAAAACAUUAAACUGAGUGCUUUAUGUUGGUGGCCCCUCAAAGACCAAUUUUAAUCACAUUGUGAGAAAAACAAAUUUAUGAAAUUUUCUAAAGAAAAAAGUGCAUUGUGUGUGUGUUAAAGGUAAAUACUAUGAACAGAAAGGCGAUAGAGUGACGUAUUUAGUGAAUGAAUCAAUAUAUUUCAAAUACAAUCAACAGUGUUGUGGUUUUCAUUUGGGUGAAAGAGGAGGAAAUCUGAAAAUUUGGGUCAAGGAAUACACCGGAAGAGUUGAGGGUGCGCCCUGUGCAUAGGUGGUGAUUCCGGGACAAACAGCAAAAGAACAAGAAAAAAAAACAACAACAAAGGCGAGGGUGUUUUAUUGUUUAAUGUUUAGCCUGAGUGGCGAGAGUGGAAUGGCAACGCUGCUGCAGCAGAAGAGCUGUAUGAAAACAUUGGCGAAUGGGGGUGGAAAUGGUGCAACGAAUGCCACAAACACGGCCACAUCAGCGACGACUGUCAUACUGCCACAUGAGCUUGUCAAUAUGCCGGGUGGCCAGAGUAGUGGGCAAUUGGUACAGGAACAGCAAUCACCGGCGCAAUCAUUUCACCAGCAGCAAUUUACAAAUUUUAUCCAAUACAGCAACUACACAAAUUUCACCACCCCAUCUGGCUACCAAGUAGCCAACAGUAGUUCUAUCUUCAGUCACCCGCAUCAACAACAGGCAGUAAGCCAAAGUAUCAUGACACCUACAGAGUCCAAUAUUGUUGUCAUCUCACCUGAGAGUCUGGCCAAUGGGACUGUAAGUCAGUCAGCCAGCCUCAAUCCAGCCGACAUCAUCGAGGAAGAUGAUGGGAUUGAGGCGACAGACGGCGAAAUGAUCAAGGCAGAGGACUGCGAGAGUGCCAAUGGGUUGAAGGAAGAGGAGCCAGGAGUUGUGGAGGAUGAACAGGAAGCUGAACCAGAAGUUGACAUAGUUAUUAACAAUGUUGUGUGUUCAUUUAGUGUUAGGUGUCAUCUGAAUUUGCGUGAAAUUGCACUCAAUGGUUUCAAUGUGGAAUUCAGACGGGAAAAUGGGAUGGUCACAAUGAAGCUCAGACGUCCCUAUACCACAGCUUCCAUUUGGUCGUCUGGGAAAAUUACAUGCACUGGUGCCACAUCUGAGGAACAGGCAAGAAUUGCAGCGAGACGGUAUGCUAGAUGCCUUCAAAAACUAGGUUUUAGUGUUAGAUUCAACAAUUUCCGCGUGGUGAACGUGUUGGGCACGUGCAGUAUGCCAUGGGGUAUAAAGAUUGUCAAUUUUUCGGAAAAGUACAGGAAAGAGGCCAGUUAUGAGCCAGAACUGCAUCCUGGUGUCACAUAUAAACUCAAAACACCCAAAGCAACCCUCAAAAUCUUCUCAACGGGAAGCAUUACUGUCACUGCUGGAAGUGUUGCACACGUUCAGGCAGCCAUUGAACACAUCUUUCCGUUGGUGUAUGAGUUCCGCAAGGCGAGAACACAGGCUGAUGCCACGACUGCUAGUGAAGUUGCUGCAGCAACUACAUUGGAUCCUAUCAGUGAAAUCUGCGAUGAGCCCAUGGACCAACAUUCCGGGAAACGGAGGAAGAAAAUGAAGAGACCAUUUGGACGAACUGCCAAUGAUCCCUCAGACAACAUUAUGUACGUCUCAGAUGUCGAGGAAUUUGAUUAAAAAUAGUGCAAAAAACUACUGAGAAUUUUCACACCUCCAGAUGUAUAACCUAGUGGGAUGUUUCGGAGAGAGAUAUUGGCUUUGUUUCAUUGUAAAUCAAUCCACCGUUUGCUGUUCUAAUGACUUCUUUCCUAAAUGUUAGUGAAAAAAAAAAUAAUUGAAAUGUCUCGGAAGAUGAUGAGAAAUUUUGUGAAGGAAGCAGGAUGGUGCAAGAUCAAGAAUUGAGUGGUAAGCAAAUUGUAAAAAAAAGGAAGCAAAACAGGACAAUUUUUUGUGUGAAAUAUUAUUUUAAGAUGAUACCGAAGAAGACAAAUAUUAAGUAACAUUGCACACAAUCUUUAUCAUUGAGAGCGGAGGAGGCGGAGGGGAGAUGAAGAAGAGCGAAUAAAAAAUGAGAUAUAAAUGAUAGAGAAGUAACGUGAAUUGUUGUGUAAUAAGAAGGUGUAUAUCUCAAGAACAUUUGCUAAUUAUUCUAGUAUGAACUUCACUAUUUAAAUUCAUGCGUUAUUACGUUAUUAUCUUCAGUGAAAGAAAAACAGCAUUAUUAGAGAGGGAGAAAAGAAGAAGUGGAUGGAAUUAUUAUGAAGAAAUUAAAUUUUUUUUAGCCACUUUCUCA